UUACAAUAUUUUUUUUAAAAAAAGUUCCCAGAUCCUAGGUGAAGAACUCCUGUUCUAGGGAGAAAAUUCUUAAUGUGUCCUGUUCCUUAGAGAAGGAAGAAGACAGUUGACAUGGUUCCUGUGCAGUGUCCUGCUUGAAACAGAAAAGUACAAAGUAUUUCAGCCAAGCCAGAAGCUUGAAGUAGUUAAGACCACAGCCAAAAACCAAAGCAGCAUCCAGGGGAGCAGUGUCUAGCAGUGACUAGCAGAAUAGCACCCAAUGGAAACUUUGAGAUCAAGGUCCGUCAGAAAAGUAUAAAAACAUUUGUGGCCCUUCAGCCUUGCAGUAUCAGAGGACUAGUUAGCCCUCCUUGAAUAUACCUUGAAAUAUACCUUAGUCACAUGUGUUCCCUAUAUAUGUGCCUCUUUACUUGUCACCUUUCUCAGUAAUGCUAGAUAUAUUUUACUUUUCUUACUGAUGCUAGAUAUAUUUUAUUUGAGAGUGAGCCCCGGGUUUAUGGAAACAUGCUUUUACUGCUACUUUUUAUAAUAUGCCAUUUUAAUAAAUACCUUUGUUUUGAGCUCAUUGUGUCCUCUGGCUAGCUAGUAGAAAGGUAGACCUAUCAGUGCAACCUAUGAGCUAUAGUUUCAAGAGUCUGAAGCCACAGAGUACCUUGAAGCUUGGGUAAUUUGUUGCCCAGGCUACUCAAUCUGAGAUUAUGAGUUGAGGAAUAACACAGAGAGGAGACUACAGAGAUAUCCCUAUAAUAGUUCAUAAUUCACUUGGCUCACUGCCCUUACCUACUGAAUUUGAAUAUUUCUUUCCUACUCAACAUAGUCCCUGUGGUAAGAAAAAUAUCUGCCUUGUACUUUAGGUUAAAUUUUCCUUAUGAGGAAUUGAAAAUAUCUUCAAGACUUAACUGGCUCAUGGCACUAAGGCUUGGGCCACUGACAUAGUUUCCCUGUUGCUCGAGUACAAAAGCCAGCCUGCAAGAGUUACUACUCAGAGACAGCACUCUAGCAUAGCCAACAUGGAAACAGGGAAGCUGUGUUCAACUGAAUCAAUACUAUAUCCUUGCUGAGUAUUCUUUCCAUGCUGCAGGCUAAAUAAAGUUCCUUUUUGUCAGCUUCUGAAUGGUCUACAAGUGUCUCCUCUCAUUCCACUUCCGAAGCUGAAGCACCACACUGCCCUUGAGUCAGAUUCAGACUUGCUUUCCUUCCCUCUCCCCCAAACAUCUUAACUGAACUUUGGAUUAAGUCAUAUUUAACUAAUAUAGGUGGAAGCACAUAGGCUUCUCAUUUGCUUGGUAAUUCCAUGAACUGGCUCCCAGGAAAAUUUGCUGAUUCAGUCCUCUCAUAUGGUCAAAUGCCUGAGACUUCUCUCAGUGCUGCUGUUGCCUCCUCACACCCCACCCCAGUUAGCAAGAGAAAAACGCCUCUAGCACUAAAAGUCACAAAUCUGUUCUUUUUAAAAGUUCUACCAAGCAAUAAAACAUGAUCUAACAGGUGUCCUUUACCACAUCCCAAAGCCUUUUCUAAUUCACACUUCCAUUUGCCUUUGAUACCUAAAUGCAUGCCCCACCCCUCGCUUCAUUGCAAAGUGGGAGGCUGAAGCAACAAUUGUUGCAUCUUUUCUGGUUUUCUUUAAUCCUUGGUAUCUCUCCCAUCUUCUAAGAUCUUUCCAAGUUUGCUGACAAUGUUUCAGGAAUAACAUUUGCCAGUUCUUUUUGCAUCAAGGGUGCAGUUUAUCUGGAUCAGGUGACAAACUCAUCAAGUAUAUCUAGGUGCUGUCCUACUAUCUCCUUAGCUUGGCUAUUAACUCCCAAUAUCCAUUUUUAAAAAUUCUCUUUUCUGGUUCAAAGAGCAUUCUUGUUGGCACAGAAACUGGAGCAAAAUAACAGUGGAGCAGCUCUGCCUCUUCUCUAUCGUGUUAUUGCUGUCCUAACCCAAAAUGGCUCUAUCCCUUCUUUGUUCUUCCUCUUUUCCCCAAUAUGACUUUAGGUAGUACAAGCUUAUUAAAUUGAAUUGUUCCUUGAAUACGAUACUCCAAGACGCUGUUUGAACAGAGUAGACCACUGUCAUCAUUCUUGUUCUGGACACUGUUUCUGUCAUUGAAGCCUAAGUUCACAUUAACAUUUUUGGCUAACAUGCCAAGCUGUUGAGGGCAGACCGCUAAAAUCCCCACAUCUUUUACAUAAAAAACAAAAAACAAAUCACAACAAAACUCUAGGCUGUCUUCCCUAUGCUUCCUUAGGAAGCUUUUUUUUUUGUUUUUUACUCAGUUGUAGGGUUUCACAUAUAUUUCUGUUGAACUGUAUCUUUUAAAAAUUUGUAAACUCAUUUUUAAAACUGGAAGAACACUGAAAGGCCAUCUAACUCAAACCUAUCACUUGAUAAAUGAGGAAAGGCCUAAAGAGAUUAAGGGACUUGCCAGGGUUCACAGAGAUAAUAACUAUCUUGCCCAAUAUCACAAAGGUAGCACAUAACGUGUUGCUUAUAUUAUCUUUUGGAUUCCUGACUCUGUUAUCCAUCUGUUAUUCUUCAAAGUUGGCUUGCAGUAACUGUUUGAUGAGGGGACCAGGGUACUUUUGAGAAGCUUUGAUUAUCAGAAUAUUUGCAUAUCCCUGCCCCAGCACAACGGGGCUACAGGUGAAAGGGCGGGUGAAAGAGAUCCAGCCAAUCAACAAACAUUUAAAUAAGAGACUGCUCUGUGGCAGGCUUUGUUCAUACAAAGAAAGCACACCAGAGCGCAUUUGUGUUGCCCUUUCAGGGUUUCCACUAGUUAUCUUAUCUCCUCCUCAUAAUAUCGCUGUGAGGUAGGUGCUAGAAAGGCCAAAAAAACCCCAAACGACGAUUCAAACUUGAUGGGAGGGGAAAGGAACAAAAGCAAGGGCUAGUUUCCACUCAGAAGCCUGGCCAUUUCAACCCGUUCCUGCGGCGUCCGUGAGGCAUCCUGGGAAGCCUGGGGCCAGGGGUCAUUAUUCCCCAGCAGAGCGGCGGCCACGCAGUUCUGCCCUCCCUUCACUGCGGGGCCCCAGAGGCCCCGACGUGGACGCCACGGGUGACCAGGUGCUCCACACGGCCUCGCCGCCCACGCCGCGCAGGACCUCUCCCCGCUGCCGAAUGCUCCGCCCCUAGUGACCAGGGAGGCCCAGCAUAAGCGAGGGGUGCGCGAGCAUCACCUGAAUGAGGCGGUCACGUGAGGCUGGUGGCAAGGAGGGAGGUGGGACGGGAGGGAGGAGGCGGUGCCCGGGCGGCUGCGGGUCAUGUGACGCGCAAUUACUGGGUCUCCGCAGCAGCCUUGGAUCCGCGCUCUCCUCCUCCUCCUUCUCCUCCUCCUCCUUCCCUCCCUUUCCGGCCCUGGCGGCGCGAGCAUGACCCAGGAGCAGCCUGGAGCCGCCGCGCGCCGCUAGUCCCUCGCCCGCGCGUCCAGUCCCCAGUCCGGCCGGAGACCUGAGCACGAUGGGAGGCGCCGCCGUUGCCGCUGCCGCCCUCGCCGCCGCCGCCGCCCCGGCGCCCAGCGCCCACCUGCGGCCCUGGACUCGGCGUCCGCCCCGGCCGCUACCGCCGCCGCCCCCGCUGCUGCUGCUGCUCCUGCUGCUCCUCUCAGCCGGAGAGGUCGCCGAGGCCCAGAGCUUCGAGUUCCCGGAGCUGUGCAGUUAUACAUGGGAAGCAGUUGAUAUUGAAAGACGUAUACUUUAUAAGAUAAACCUCUGUGGAAAUAUGUCUUUUCCCAAAUGUGAGUCUAGUGCCAUCUGUGCACAUGAUUUGAAGAAUUCAUCUUAUCAUUCAGUAGGAGACUUAUCUUUGAAAAAUGGAACCAAAUCCUUGAUGGAAUUCAACACAGGGGAUCCCUGUUUCCAGCAAGGAACAAGUAUAACAGUACAUAGUAGUAUUGCCUUCUUAUGUGGGAAAACACUGGGAACUCCUGAAUUUGUAACCUCAACAGAAUGUGUGCAUUACUUUGAAUGGAGGACCACUGUGGCUUGCAAGAAAGACACAUUUAAAGCUAACAAAGAGGUGCCUUGCUAUGUGUUUGAUCAAGAAUUAAAAAAGCAUGAUUUGAAUCCAUUGAUCAAUACCUCUGGUAGCUACUUGGUGGAUGACUCUGAUCAUGAUACUACCUUGUUCAUCAACAUUUGUAGAGACAUAGGUGGUUCAAGUCAAGAGACACGCUUCUGUCCCUCUGGUAGUGCAGCAUGCCUAGUGAAGGGGAAUCAAGGUUAUGAUGUUGGAAGGCCAAAAGAAGGACUGAAAUUAAUGGACAGAGACAGGCUUGUCCUUAGUUAUGUGAAAGAAGGUGAAGAUCAGCCCACUUUUUGUGAUGGUCAUACUCCAGCAGUGACUAUUACAUUUAUUUGUCCAUCGGAGAGAAGAGAAGGCACAGUUCCUAAGCUUACUGCUAAAUCCAAUUGCCGAUAUGAAAUUGAAUGGGUCACAGAGUAUGCUUGCCACAGAGAUUAUUUGGAAAGUAAAACCUGCAUUUUGAAUAGUGAGCAACAUGAUAUCUCUAUUGACCUUACCCCUCUCACCCAGAAGAAAGAUUAUGAAUCACCAUACUAUGCUACAGAUGGAAAGGAAUAUUUUUAUUAUAUGAAUGUUUGUGGAGGCACUGAAGCCCCAGUUUGCAGUAGUAAAAGAGAAGCUGCUGUUUGCCAGGUGAAGAAGGAAGAUCUAGGACAAGUCAAAGUGGCAGGAAAAUACCAGAACCAGACCCUCCGAUACUCUGAUGGAGACCUCACCUUAAUCUAUCCUGGUGGAGAUGCAUGCAGAUCAGGCUUUCAGCGAAUGACGGUCAUCAACUUUGAAUGCAACAAAACAGCAGGCAAUGAUGGAAAAGGAACUCCUGUGUUCACGGGUGAGGUUGACUGCACCUACUUUUUCACGUGGGAUACAAAAUAUGCUUGUGUCAAAGAGAAAGAAGAUCUUCUUUGUAGAGUUACAGAUGGGAAUAAGCGAUAUGAUUUGUCCUCGUUGGUUCGUCACUCAGAAUUGGAGAAAAAUUGGGAAGUUGUGGACAGUAGCCUCAUAGAAUCAGGAAAGAAACACAUUUUCAUCAAUAUUUGUCAUAAAGUACUUCAGGAAGGGAAGGCUAAAGGCUGCCCAGAAGAUGCAGCUAUAUGUUCUGUUGGUGAUCAAGGUUUUAAAAAUCUGGGCAGGUUUGUGUCUUCUCCAGUAAAGAAUAAGGAAAACAUUCAGCUUUCUUACACUGAUGGUGAUAACUGUGGCCAAAGCAAGAAAAUCACAACCAUCAUAACACUUAUAUGCAAGCCUGGUGAUCUAGAAAGUGCUCCAGUUUUGAGAAACUCGGGGGAUAAUGGCUGUUUAUACGAAUUUGAGUGGCAUACAGCUGCUGCCUGCGUUUUGUCUAAGACUGAAGGAGAUAACUGCAGAGUUACUGAUUCACAGGCAGGAUUUUCUUUUGAUUUGUCACCUUUGACUAAGAAAAAUGGGGAUUAUUCUGUUGGAACAGAAAAAUAUAACUUUUAUAUAAAUGUUUGUGGUGCUGUCUCUCAUCAAGAUAUUUGUCAGCCAAAUUCAGGAGCAUGCCAGGUGGAAAAAAGUCAAAUGAAAGCUUGGAAUCUGGGAAUGAGUAGUUCUGCUCUUUCUUAUUAUGAUGGGAUGAUUCAGUUGAGCUAUAAAGGUGGUACACCUUACAAUGAUGAAAAACACACACCACGAGCAACACUUAUCACUUUCCUUUGUGAUAGAGACGUUGGAGUAGGUGUCCCAGAGUACCAGGAAGAAGAUAAUUCCACCUAUAAUUUUAGGUGGUAUACUAGUUAUGCAUGUCCAGAGGAACCCCUGGAAUGUAUGGUGACAGAUCCCAAUACUCUGGAGCAAUAUGAUUUAUCCAGUUUAGCAAAGUCUGAAGAUAGUAGUGGCAGAAACUGGUAUGCAAUGGACAAUUCGGGGGAACAUAGCACAUGGAAGAAAUACUAUAUAAAUAUUUGUCGACCUCUGAAUCCAAUUCCAGGCUGUGAUCGAAAUGCUUCAGCUUGUCAGAUGAAAUAUGAAAAGGAUCAUGAUUCAUUUUCUGAAACAGUGGCAAUCAGCAACUUAGGUGUUGCAAAAACAGGUCCUGUAAUUGAUGGCCGUGGUAGCCUCAUUUUAGAGUAUGUGAAUGGCUCCUCAUGUGUUAAUAGUGAAGGAAAGACUACUCCUUAUUCCACAAGAAUCCAUCUUAUCUGUUCUAGAGGAAGUCUGAACACCCACCCGGUGUUUUCUAUCAUUCGGGAAUGCACUGCCACUUUCCUAUGGAAUACAGAAGCUGCCUGUCCAAUCAAAACAACUGAUGAAAAUCAGGCCUGCUCUAUAAAGGAUCCAAACAGUGGAUUUGUGUUUAAUUUUGACCCCCUAACUAACCCAAGUGGAUAUAAAGUCUCUGGUGUUGGAAAGUUUUUUAUGUUUAAUAUCUGUGGAACACUGCCUGUCUGCGGGACUAUAGAAGGGAAGGAGGCUGCUGGAUGUGAAGGAGAGAUCAAAUCAGGAGACCUAAAUAAUCUGAAACCAGAAAGGCAAGUUGGAGCUAAGAAAAGUCUUCACUUAACCACAGAGGGUUUUAUAACACUUAUCUACAGAGGAGCCCUUUCACCAUCUACAGGUGCUUCAGAUGCUUUCAUCAUACGUUUUAUCUGCAAUGAUGAUAUCUACCCAGGAACACCCAAAUUCCUACGUCAAGAUAUUAAUUCUGAACUAGAAAUCUAUGAUACUUUCUUUGAGUUUGAAACAGCAUUAGCCUGUGUACCUUCUCCAGUGGAUUGCCAAGUUACUGACCUUGCGGGCAAUGAAUAUGAUCUAAGUGGCCUGAGCAAAACAAGAGAGCCUUGGACUGCACUUGAUACUUCAACAGAAGGAAAAAAAAGAACUUUCUACUUAAAUGUUUGCAAUCCUCUACCUUAUAUUCCUGGAUGUCAUGGCAGUGCAUUGGGAUCUUGUGUAAAAUCUGGUGACAAAGGCACAAACCUAGGUGUUGUACAGAUCAGUCCUCAAACUGCUGCUAAUGGAUCCCUGAGUAUUGUUUAUGUGAAUGGCGAUAAAUGUGAAAAUCAACGUUUCUCCACACGUAUCAUCUUUGAAUGUGAUCAGACACCUGGAUCACCAGUAUUUCAGCAUAAGGAAGACUGUGAAUAUGUAUUUGUCUGGAGAACCAUAGAAGCUUGUCCUAUUCGCAAAGCAGAAGGAAGCAACUGUGAGGUGAAAGAUCCAAGGCAUGGCCACAUUUAUAACCUGAAGGCCCUUGCUGUAAAUGACACGAUAGUGACAGCCGGUGAAUACAGGUAUUACUUCCGGGUCUGUGGGAGCCUGUCCUCAGAUGUAUGCAAGCCUGCAGACAGUUCGAAGAAAGUAUCCUCAUGUCAGCAAAAGAAGGGGCCUCAGGGUUUCCAGAAAACUGCAGGAUUACUUACCCAGACGCUGACUUAUGAAAAUGGAUUAAUAAAGAUUAAUUACACUGGUGGGGACACAUGCCAUAAAAUAUAUCAAAGAUCUACAACCAUAUUUUUUUACUGUGAUCGCAUCACUCAGAAGCCAGUGUUCUUGAAGGAAACUUUAGAUUGUUCUUACUUGUUUGAGUGGCGAACCCAAUAUGCUUGUCCACCUUUUGAGUCCAUUGAAUGUUCAUUCAGAGAUCACGAAGGAAACUCCUUUGACCUUUCUCCUCUGUCACGAUACAAUGACAACUGGGAAGCAGUUACAAGAACUGGUGCUACAGAGCGUUACUUCAUCAACAUCUGCAAGUCCCUGGCCCCACAGGCCGGCAUUGGAUCCUGCCCUCCUGAUGCAGCUGUCUGCUUGGUGGAGAACUCUAAAUACACAACCCUGGGCAGGGUCAGUGAUGGUCCUCAGUGGAGCAGUGAAGGCACUUCCAUUCUGACAUAUCUCAACGGAGACCUGUGUCCCGAUAAGAUUCGUAGAAAGAUGACGACAAUCCUCCUGACAUGCAGUGAGAGUCAUGUAGAUUCUAAGCCCAUGUUUAUAAGUGCAGUGGAAGACUGUGAGUAUACUUUCUCAUGGCAAACCUCAGCUGCAUGUCCUUUAAAGAGCAAUGUACAGGACAACUGUCAAGUCACCAAUCCUGCUACAGGCCAUCUAUUUGAUCUGAACUCUUUAAAGAAUGAUUCUGGUUACUCGGUUUCCUAUAGUGAAAAGGGAUUAAUUUAUAUGGGCAUUUGUGGAGGGACUAAAAACUGCCCUUCUGGAGUUGGUGUUUGCUUUGGAUUGACCAAAAUUAACGCUGGAAGUUGGAACAACAGGCUAAUGUAUGUAGAUCAAGUCUUACAGCUUGUUUAUGAUGAUGGAGCUCCUUGCCCUUCCAAGAAUGCCCUGAAGUAUAAGAGUGUAAUUAGCUUUGUGUGCACACACAAUUCUGGGGUGACCAAUAAGCCUGUGUUUGUUUCCUUGGAUAAACAGACAUGUACUCUUUACUUUUCUUGGCACACCCCGCUGGCUUGUGAGAAAGAGGAGCAGUGUUCAGUGAAAAAUGGAAGCUCUGUUAUUGACCUCAGUCCUUUGAUCCAUCGAACUGGUGGCUAUGAAGCUUAUAAUGAAAAUGAUGAUCUGUCUGAUACCAAGCCAGAUUUCUAUAUUAACAUCUGUCAGGCUCUAAAUCCCAUCCAUGGAAUUUCUUGUCCUGCUGGAGCAGCAGUGUGUAAGAUUCCUGUUGAUGACCCUCCCAUAGAUGUUGGUCGUGUCACUGGGCCUCCACAACUUAAUCGUGCAACUAAUGAAAUUUAUAUCACUUUUGAUAGUUCUACCCCAUGUCCUUUAGACAGAAAUGCUAACUAUUCCUCAAUUAUUUUAUUUCAUUGUAAGAGAGGAAUAAAUAUGGGAUCACCAAAGAUGAUAAGAACCAGUGGUUGUGAUUAUGUGUUUGAAUGGGAAACUCCAGUGGUAUGUCCAGAUGAUGUAAAAACUGUGGGCUGUUCAGUGACAGAUGAACAGCUGUACUAUAGUUUUAACUUGUCCAGUCUUUCUAAAAGACCAGUUAAGGUAACUCAUGGACCCCAUACUUACAAUGUGGGUGUGUGUUCUGCAGCAAAUAGUGAUCCUCAAGGGAGCUGUAAAGAUGGAGGGGUGUGCUUGCUCUCAGGUAGUAAGGCCUCUUCAUUUGGACGGCUAGCAUCAAUGAGUUUGGAUUAUAGACAUCAGGAUGAAACAGUCAUUUUAAAAUAUCUAAAUGGUGAUCAGUGUCCUCCAGAAACUGAACAAGGUGAUUCCUGCGUCUUCCCUUUCAUCUAUCGGGGAAAGAGCUAUGAUGAUUGUAUUAGAGACGAUAAACCGAAACCUUGGUGUGCCACAACAGAAAACUAUGACAAUGAUCAGAAAUGGGGAUAUUGCAGAGCUUCAAAUAGCUAUCGAUCAUCUACUAUUAUAUUCAGCUGUGAUGAAAAUAUUGAUAUUGGAACACCACAAGUUUUCAGUGAGACCCGUGGAUGCGAGGUGACUUUUGAAUGGAAAACAAAAGUUGUCUGUCCCCCAAAGAAGAUGGAUUGUAAAUUCAUUCAGAAACACAAAACCUAUGACCUGCGGCUGCUUUCUUCUCUUACUGGGUCCUGGUUGUUUGUUCAUGAUGGUACCUCGUACUAUAUUAACUUGUGUCAGAGCAUAUAUAAAGGACCCUCUGGCUGCCCUGAAAGGGCUAGCAUUUGCAAAAAGAGUAUAACUGGUACUGUCCAGGUUUUGGGACUUGUUCAUACACAGAAGCUAGAUGUGACAGGUGACAAAGUCCUUGUAACUUAUUCAAAUGGCUAUGAGUGCAGGCGAAAUAAGACUGCAACCACAGUUAUAGAGCUGAAAUGUGCAAAGACAGUUGGAAAGCCCACGCUGAAGAGGUUUGAUAGAGAGAGCUGUACGUAUUACAUUAUGUGGGAAACUCGGGCAGCCUGUGCAGUGAAGCCACAGGAGGUGGAAAUGGUGAAUGGGACCAUCAUCAAUCCUGUCAAUGACAAGCGUCUCAGCCUAGGAGAUAUUUAUUUUAAACUAUUCAGUGCCUCUGGGGAUAUGAGACCUAAUGGGGAUGCUUAUAUGUAUGAAAUCCAGCUUUCUUCUAUCACAAAUUCAGCAAAUCCAUUGUGUUAUGGAGCUAGUAUAUGUCAGGUUAAAACAAAUGAUCAACAUUUUGGUAGGCAAGUUGGAUCUUCGGAUAAAACUAGAUAUUACAUUCAAGAUGAUGACCUAGAUGUUGUGUUUUCCUCUUCCUCUAAGUGUGGAAAAGAUAAUACGAAAUAUGUCUCUUCUACCAUCUUUUUCCAUUGUGACCCAUUGGUGAAGGAGGGUAUCCCUGAAUUUAGUCAUGAAACAGCAGACUGUCAAUACCUCUUUUCAUGGUAUACCUCUGCUGUAUGCCCUCUGGGGAUGGAAGUUAUUAAUGAUCAAGAUGAAGAUGUGCUGAAUCACAAGGGUCUUUCUGGAAGAAGCCAGGCUGUUGGCGCAAUUCUCAGCCUGCUUCUGGUGGUCCUUACUGCAUGUCUCUUGAUUAUGUUACUAUAUAAAAAAGAAAGAAGGGAAACUGUCAUGCAUAGAAUAAGCAACUGCUGUAAGAGAAGUUCCAAUGUGUCUUACAAAUACACUAAGGUAAACACAGAAGAAGAGGCAGAUGAAAAUGAAACAGAGUGGCUUAUGGAAGAGAUUCAGCUGUCAGCUUCAAGACCUGGAAAGGAAGGGCAAGAAAAUGGCCACAUUACCACCAAGUCUGUGAAAUCAGAUGCCCUAACUUCCCUGCAUGCAGAUGACCAGGACAGUGAAGAUGAAGUCCUGACCAUUCCUGAUGUGAAAAUUCAUUUAGCGAGAGGUACACGGCCAGGAGGAACAGACAAGGUUAGAAAUCUACAAAGGAAGACAUUCAAGCAUGGAAAUGAUGACACAAUUGGUUUGCUUAAAGGGGAGAAGGAAAGAAAAGGAAAACCUAAGUCAGGACAGCAGAAAGCAAUGGAUUCUGCAUAUCCCAUGUCAUUUCAUGAUGACAGUGAUGAAGAUCUGCUCCAUGUCUAAAACUCCCUCUCGUGCCUACAAGAGAAAAUUUAUUAGUGGGACAGAAAAGCAUCUCCAACCAAAUAUGAAGACUUCACAACUUGAUGCUUCUAUAAUUUUUGCCUUUAACAAGAACUCAUUCAAAAGGGAAGAAGUUUUUGUGCUGGUGACGGGGAGAAGGAGAAUGAUGGCUCAGCUUAUUCCUGUUUGUUUACAGGUGAUGGAAAAGACAUUGCCUAAGUUAGCCAGAUAACGUUGGUACUCUGAUUCCAGGGUUCUGUCCAUGUCUGCAUUUAGAAGCAUAGCCAUUAGAAGCUUAUUAGCUCUUAUUUAGUACAAAUAUACUCCCAAAAGGCAGGGUUUGAUUUAAAUGAAGGGGAAAAAAGCCCUGACUUUAGACCAUUUAAGAUACUUGAUUAUUAGCAUUUUAAUUCUCUCUCCACCCCCUAUUUAUUGACUUUGACUACUCAGGUUUGCUGAAAUAACAGUAAAAAAUUCUUCCUGCCGGCAGGGGGGUAUUCUAUUGAUUCACCCAUUGUAGGAGAAAGAAAAGGUGUUAAUCCAUAUGCUGGGAUGGUCUGAAGUAAAAUUUUUGGACCUGGUGUAUCAUUUAUCCCUUAUGUUGAAAUAUUUCAUUUCUGGACUUUGGAUUUUUUUUUUUUAAGAAACAAAAUGUUCUUUAGUUUCUUGGGUGCUUCAAAAGGUUCACAUUCUGUAUAUGGCUUUAGCCAAAAACAGCUGCUGCUCUUUGCAUGUUAUUCUUGGUCCUGGUCAUAUGAAACAAAUCUAUCAGUAUUUUGCUAGACUUCUGGUGAACCCAAACAACUGACCCAAAGAUUGAUUUCCUAUGGAGUUGAGACUUGGUGCCAUACCACAGAAAAUAACCAGGUUUCUCAGGAUUGUGGGUAUAGGUCAUCUCAGUAUCAUCUUCACUGUCUGUCUAAUCCUAUUUUUUAAAGAAAAAAAAAGAACUUUGUAAACCAUUGGACCUACAGAAGCCUUAAUUUGCACAAUGUGUAUCUUUAUGGAACUAAUUGCAUGAAAAAUGAUGGGCCAAAAUCUUAUCAGUAGUAUCAUACUUCAAAUCAUCCUCUAUUUGGAGGUCAUAAUUAUUACUUAUAGUGUUGCCUCUAUAGAAUGAAAAUUAUGGCAUUCUUCCUCUAGCUCUUAACUCCUUUCUGGAAGUGUUUGUUGAAUUAUCUUCAGGGGGAUUAACCUGAUGUUGUAGAAUUGUAUAUAGAUAUGUGGUAUUCAAAUUCUUAAAAACAAAUAGAAAAAGCAAAGUCCCCUGGUUUGUACCUGGUUUGGCUGGCUUAUUUGGUUUCAACAUGAGUGUAUUUUUAAAGGUUGAUUUCUCUCCCCAUUUUCCAAUAAAAUUUACUGUAAUAUAAAUAAAGUAUUCUGCAAUUUCAAUAAAAGAUAAAUUAUUAAUUGGG